UUCGACCUUGUGUGAAUGAUGUACAGAGGUCAGCCAACCCGGAAGUUUUGAAGACGGUGCAACAAAUGGGGCGUGUUGGUGUUUCAGUACCGAAGGAACGGUUCCUAACAUGCAUUAGCUUCAUCUACUUGUUCGCUUUCUCAUCUCUGUAUAUUCAGCUACCUGGAUUAUAUAGCGGGAAUGGUGUCACGCCCAUUCAAACGUUAUCUCUGACCGUUCCCCGUGACGCAUCAGAUGCUCUAAAGGACUUGAAUAUCCUACGGUUUGCCGAGUUCCUGCAUCUUGAUUCUUACCAAUGUUUGGAACUGGUAACUGUCGUCGGUGCGGUGUUGGGGUUCUUUUCUAGUUUCUUCACCUCUUUUCGAACGGCUCCAACUUUCUUAGUGCUUUGGGUAUUGUAUCUCAGUGCCGUAAAGGUUGGCCAAACAUUCUUAUGGUUUCAAUGGGAUAUUUUGCUGUUGGAAUCUGGAUUCAUUGCUAUCUUACUAUCUAGCUUUGGCUCACUUGUUUAUCUUCCACGGUCAGUAGCUAGUGACAAGAUAGGAAUAUGGUUACUGCGUUGGCUACUGUUCCGUCUAAUGUUCGCAUCUGGAGUGGUUAAGUUGACCAGUGAUUGUCCUGCUUGGUGGGGCUUAAAAGCAUUGCAUUGGCAUUACCAGUCUCAGUGCAUCCCUACUCCAUUGGCUUGGUAUAUGCACCACCUUCCUGAAUGGUUUCAUAGUCUGUGUGUUGCAGUCACAUUCAUAAUUGAAAUACCAAUGGCAUUGCUAUUCUUCGUACCUUUUCGUCUUAUUCGUCUUGUAUCUUUUUAUUCACAGGUACUUCUUCAACUUAUGAUAAUUUUAACGGGGAACUACAACUUCUUCAAUCUUCUUACUAUCGCACUGUGUUAUUCCCUAUUAAAGGAUGAUGAUUUCAGUCACCGAUACAGACGAAAAUGGACUGCCUCUGGAAUAUUGUGGACUGCAAUUUCGUGGUUACUCCUUAUUUUUCUGUUUGGUGUUUGCGCAUAUCUCUUCAACUUUUCUAUUUCAAAUAAUUCAGUCAGUAGCUCUAUAGGUUUCACCAAGAAGGAGUUCGCUUGGUUUGUAAAUGUAUCUGUAAAAUACAGUAUUUAUUUCGGUAUCGCACUAUUCUUUAUGGAAGUUCUGCAUAGCAUAGUUGUAGCAUUAAACGCACGUCCAUUCUGGCGUAAACUAUACGAACUGAUUGGUGUUAUUUUCGUUAGUUUUAUCGGUGUGUCCGUACUGAUGGGUAGUUUGGUCCCGUUCGCAUCGUUGGAUCCAACUAUUCCAUUGCCGCCCCAUAAUCGUCAGGUUUAUAGACACUUACAACCAUAUUAUAUCACAAAUAGUUAUGGUCUAUUUCGUCGCAUGACUGGAGUCGGUGGUCGUCCUGAACUUAUUCUUGAGGCAGCGUCGAAUCCAGACGGUCCAUGGUCCGAGUAUGAAUUUCAUUUCAAACCGGGUCGUGUAGAUAGGAUUCCUCCGGUUGUUAUUCCUCACCAGCCUCGUUUGGAUUGGCAAAUGUGGUUUGCUGCCCUCACCAGCUAUCGUAAUCAUCCAUGGUUGAUGAAUUUGAUAUAUCGAUUACUCAGCCAACAACCUGAAGUUUUACAACUACUCGACCAGUCCAGUUUACCGAGUAAUCCAAAAUAUAUUCGAGCGCAUCUAUAUACCUACCAUUUCACUAGUUCAUCUGAUAGCAAGAACUGGUGGAGGCGUGUGUUGAAAUCUGAAUACUUACCCCCAGUUACACUAUCUUCUCAAGUAUUACGUAGUGCUGUUGAAGAAAAUGGUUUGAUAGGGAAACGUCGUCCUCGUCCGUAUGAUCCAACUGUUCUUUCACAGUUCCUAACACAUCUACGACAAAUUAUUGGACAACCGCGCGAUUUGUCUCCACUAGUUAUGGUAUGUUUAGUGCUAGUGAUAACUAAGUAUGCAUUUGAACGAGCCGGUCAGUCGGUUAGAUCAACCUAUAACAACAGGGCAUGAUUUCUCUGUUGAACAAACUAUUCGAAUUGAUGUUAUGAUAAAUAAUGUAAUGUUAAACGGUAUUGUUUGUUUGAUGAAGAAUUAUUUUUUAGUUCUUUUUACAUGUACGUUCAUUCAUUCCUCUUCUUCCCAUAGUAUUUGCUUCUCAUAUUCCAUUUUUAUCUGUAGUUUUCGUUUCAGUCGGUUUUUUUGUCUUCAAAGUUCACCUUGAACUCUGUCAUACAUUCUCCUUGAAGGAAAGCUGUUACUUGAACAUAUAAUCAUUGUUGUUUUUAAUGAAUGAGGUUAUCAUGUCUUCAUCUCAUUUAAUGUGUUGUAACUUCUACUACUACUUACAUAUUUAUAUAUGCAUCCAUGUAGCUGUGACUUACAAGUAUGCUUAUUGCCUUCAGUUGCCUUGUUGUUUUCCUUCGUCUCAUCUUGUUAUUCGUUCUGGACGUUUUUCCACCACACGUCCAUCGUUUCACGAUAAAUUGAACUGAAUUGUAGAUUCCAUGUAAACGUCAUCUGUGGUAGACUGCAAUUAGUCAACAUUCGAUGUAAAAGUAUACCAAUAUUUUUGAAAAGUAUACUGAUCAUCUGCCGGACAUUAACCAGUGUUACUAUCUAGUCGUUCGUGCUGAUCCGAAUCUGUUGAUCGGGUGUAUAGUCUGGCUAUUCUGCUGAGUAAGUGACAUGACGGUGACGUGUACCGUGCAACCACAUUUAACGACUGUGUUUUUCUUUGUUUGGGUUGUACACAUAGCACUUCUUGUUUGAAUAAAAGUUUAUUCCCACUCGAAAAUUGCACCUCAAAUCCACAGAUCACUUUGCUCAAAAAUGGUCCAACUGGAACGUCGUGUCCUAUCCCCUAAUUUGAGCAUCAAUUUAUUCUCGUACUGCUAUUCUGUGAUAUUCACAGUCUGCGGAAAUAAGUCUUACUGAUUUUUAAAUCUUCAGUGUAGUUGUUACUUUUAUGUCUUAGUAGAAUCACGCUACAGUUUGCAUUUGCUGGUUUGUGUCGUUAACAUAUAUCUAUAUCGAAAGUUUAUUGGCAUAGUACGUAGAAAUAAACAUUAAAAACUGGUACAGGCACCUUAAUCGUGCACUAUUUUGAAACUCAAUAGGGUAAAUAAUGAGAUUCCAAUUAUGAAUUAUUCAUAGCACUUGUUUUUGGGGGUCUUCGCUAUUUUACUG